AUGCGUCCUGUUUAUAUAGAGCGCGGCCUGCAGGACGUCACAGAUAUCAUUACAAAGUAUGACAUUCGAAAGUUUACUCUGAUGUUUGCUGUCUCAUGUUACCUCAUUUCAUCUCCUCUUUGUCCUUCAGAUAACUCGUCUCUCCAAGAUGAUGAUGAUGAGCUAGACAUGGAGACCGUCAGCUGGCCAUCCAACACUGGUCCAGUUAAUGGUCACACUGAAACCAGUUCUCGUUUUCCCAGUUGGGUGACUUUUGAAGAGGAAAUUGCUCCAACUUCCCCAAGGGACUCUCCCCGAAAACCACCAGAAAGCCCAAAAUGUCCUUCAACGCCGGACUCUAAACCUGAGGGAGCCUUAAAAAGAAGGGAACGACCCAAGAGCUCGCUGGUUGACCUAAACAGGACGCAGAGGCUUGACUUCUCAUCUUUGCACAGGCAGCUCUCAUUAAACUCCACCCCCACAAAGGCUCCCAACCCAUUUCUUGAUGAGGCCUUGAAAGAUGUCCAGCCAUCACCAAUCAACCCGUUCAGCACGUGGUUUGAGGAGCAGGAGAGACAUUCUCAGCACUCUUCUGUAUCAAGCGGCCCAGACUCAAGCCAAAGAAAUUCCAUCUCCCUUCUUGCUGAAGAACUCGAUACGGAUCAGUUUGAAGAUUACCGAAAGAAAGCUUUGCAAGCCGAUACUGUAGAACAUCUCAAACAGAUUCAGCUUGAGGAUCCGGAUUCCCCUGGAAGUCCAACUCUGCCAGAUGACCCUCUGAAAUUUGAUGAACCCCUUGGCCCUUGUUUGACUUUUAUCAAGCCCCAGCCAAAGGAUGGCUGGCCGUUGAUGCUCAGGAUUCCGGAGAAGAAGAACAUGAUGUCCUCCCGGCACUGGGGCCCUAUCUAUGUCAAAGUCACUGACGCCGGCUUUCUGCAACUCUUCUAUGAGAAAGGUUUGGAAAAGCCAUUUAGGGAAUUUAAACUCGAGGUCAACCAUGAGAUAGCAGAUCCUAAACUUCAAAACUAUGACGAGAAUGGCAGGAUUCACACGGUCCGCAUCGAGCGCGUGGUGUACAAAGAGAAACGCAAGUACCAGCCAAUGCCUCUGGUCAGUCACACAGGAGAGAGGGAGCAAGUGGUCAAGCUGGGAACAACCGACUAUUCAGACUUUAGAAGUAUGGUGGCCUCUAUCCAGGAUGUCCUGUUCCGCCUUCCAGCCACAGUAGACCUUAGCACUGUGCACCAGAAUUACUUAGAGGAGGAGAUCACGGUGGAUGUGAAAGACGAAUUCCGUGGAAUCCUUGGCAAGGGGGAAGGCCAGAUCCUGGAACACUCUGUGGUCACACACAUCCAUCUUCUUAGCUUCAUCUCAGGUAUGGCGGACUGCAGCCUAGGACUUAAUGACGUCCUCAUUAAAGGGAAUGAAGUGGUCUCCAGACAUGACAUUAUGCCAACCACCACCACAAAGUGGGUGAGACUCCACGACUGCCAAUUCCAUGUGUCUGUAGACGAAGAAGCAUUUCACAGCUCCAGGAUGGUGGUCUUCACCCCGCUGGAUGCUUGUAGGUUUGAAAUCAUGAAGUUUAGGACAUUAUUCUCUGAAAAGACUUUGCCCUUCACACUUAGGACCAUGGCGUGCAUUCGCGGUGCUGAGGUCGAGCUCCAGAGUUGGUUGGUCAUGUCCUCGGGUUUCUCCUCCAACAGAGACAGUCUGUCACAGGUCCCUUGUGAGAAUAUCGCCAUUCGGCACCCGGUGCCACCCGAGUGGGUGAACUAUUUCCGGAGAGACAGCGUAUUGGGUGAGAAGUCCCUGAAGGCCAAAGUCAACAAGGAGGCCAGCUUUGGUUCUCCCACCUUAUCUGGGACAGAACCGGCCAUGAGGGUCACACUGGGGACUGCGAAGUAUGAACACGCCUAUAGCGCCAUCGUGUGGAGGAUCAACAGACUGCCAGAUAAAAACUCAGGAUGGGGUCACCCCCACUGCUUCUACUGCCACCUCGAGCUCGGAUCUGACCGGGAGGUGCCGCAGUCCUUUGCCAAACACGUGGAGGUGGAAUAUCACAUGCCGGCCACCUCGGCUUCAAAGAUCGCUGUGCGUUCCAUCUCUGUGGAGGACAAGACUGACAUCAAAAAGUGGGUCAACUACUCCGCCCAUUAUCACUACAAG